AUGGUGGAGGAGGAGAAACAUGCCACCGAGAACAAGAUGAGGGGGCUUGAUGUGACUCAAGCCAACGUCAAGAACCUGACAGAGGAGAUGGCUGGGCUGGACAAGAUCAUCAUUAAGCUGACGAAGGAGAAGGCGGCCCUGCACGAAGCUCACCAGCAAGUGCUGGAUGACCUGCAGGUGGAGGAAGACAAGGUGAACAGCUUGACCAAAGCCAAAGUCAAGCUGGAACAGCAAGUGGACGAUCUGGAGAGCUCCCUGGAGCAGGAGAAGAAGAUCCGGAUGGACCUGGAAUGGGCAAAGCAGCAGCUGGAAGGCGACUUGAAGUUGACCCAGGAGAACAUCAUGAACCUGGAGAAUGACAAGCAGCAGCUGGAGGAGAGGCUGAAGAGGAACCCAACACGUUGGUGUUUCUCCUCCCCCGGGAAAGACUUUGAGCUCAACACGCUCAAUGCCAGGAUCGAGGAUGAGCAAACUGUGGUGGCCCAGCUCCAGAAGAAGCUCAAAGAGCUUCAGGCACGGAUUGAGGAGCUGGAGGAGGAGCUGGAGGCAGAGCGGACGGGCAGGGCCAAGGUGGAGAAGCUGCGCUCGGAGCUGUCGCGGGAGCUGGAAGAGAUCAGCGAGUGGCUGGAGGUGGCAGGCGGCGCCACCUCGGUGCAGCUGGAGCUCCCAUCGCUGGCCCCAUGGGCUGGAGGAGAAGGAGGCCUUCAACAAGGCCUCACCUACAUCCAGCAGCUGGAGGACCUCAAGAGGCAGCUGGACGAAGAGGCCAAGACGGUGACGGUGAAGGAGGACGAUGUCCACCAGCAGAACCCCCCCAAGUUCGACAAGAUCGAGGACAUGGCCAUGCUGACCUUCCUGCACGAGCCCGCUGUCCUCUACAACCUCAAGGAGCGCUACGCCUCCUGGCUCAUCUACACCUACUCGGGGCUCUUCUGCGUGACCGUCAACCCCUACAAGUGGUUGCCCGUCUACAACGCCGAGGUGGUGGCCGCCUACCGGGGCAAGAAACGGAGCGAAGCUCCGCCCCACAUCUUCUCCAUCUCCGACAACGCCUACCAGAACAUGCUGACGGACCGAGAGAACCAGUCCAUCCUCAUCACCGGAGAAUCCGGGGCGGGGAAGACGGUCAACACCAAGAGGGUCAUCCAAUACUUCGCCAGCAUUGCCGCCAUUGGUGACCGCAAGAAGGAGGCGGCCAAUAGCAGCAAGGGCACCCUGGAGGACCAAAUCAUCCAGGCCAACCCUGCCUUGGAGGCCUUCGGCAAUGCCAAGACCGUCCGCAAUGACAACUCCUCCCGAUUCGGGAAGUUCAUCCGGAUCCACUUUGGGGCCACCGGGAAGUUGGCGUCGGCUGACAUCGAGACCUACCUCCUGGAGAAGUCCCGCGUCAUCUUCCAGCUGAAGGCUGAGAGGAACUACCACAUCUUCUACCAGAUCCUCUCCAACAAGAAGCCAGAGCUGUUGGAGAUGCUUCUGGUCACCACCAACCCCUACGACUACAGCUACAUCUCCCAGGGGGAGGUGACCGUGGCCUCUAUCGACGACGCACAGGAGCUGCUGGCCACCGACAGCGCCUUCGAUGUCCUGGGCUUCACCGCCGAGGAGAAGGCUGGUGUCUACAAGCUGACGGGCGCCAUCAUGCACUUCGGCAACAUGAAGUUCAAGCAGAAGCAGCGGGAGGAGCAGGCAGAGCCCGACGGCACCGAAGAUGCUGACAAGUCGGCCUACCUGAUGGGGCUGAACUCGGCCGACCUUCUCAAGGGGCUGUGCCACCCCCGGGUGAAGGUGGGCAAUGAGUACGUCACCAAAGGGCAGAAUGUGCAGCAGGUGAACUACUCCAUCGGGGCCCUGGCCAAGGCCGUCUACGAGAAGAUGUUCAACUGGAUGGUGGUGAGGAUCAACAACUCGCUGGAGACCAAGCAGCCCCGGCAGUACUUCAUCGGCGUCUUGGACAUCGCCGGCUUCGAGAUCUUCGACUUCAACAGCUUCGAGCAGCUCUGCAUCAACUUCACCAACGAGAAGCUGCAGCAGUUCUUCAACCACCACAUGUUCGUGCUGGAGCAGGAGGAGUACAAGAAGGAGGGAAUCGAGUGGGAGUUCAUUGACUUCGGCAUGGACCUCCAGGCCUGCAUCGACCUCAUCGAGAAGCCCAUGGGGAUCAUGUCCAUCCUGGAGGAGGAGUGCAUGUUUCCCAAGGCUUCGGACAUGACCUUCAAGGCCAAACUGUACGAUAACCACCUGGGCAAGUCGGCCAACUUUGGAAAGCCACGCAAUGUCAAGGGGAAGACGGAGGCCCACUUCUCCCUCGUCCACUACGCCGGCACGGUGGACUACAACAUCAUCGGGUGGCUGGAGAAGAACAAGGACCCCCUUAAUGAGACGGUGGUGGGGCUCUACCAGAAGUCGGCCCUCAAGCUUUUGGCCAACCUCUUCUCCAACUAUGCCGGGGCUGAUGCCGGCGGUGAUGGAGGGAAAGGCAAAGGUGCCAAGAAGAAAGGUUCCUCCUUCCAGACUGUCUCCGCCCUGCACCGGGUGAGGGGUGUGAUGGACAACUCACUGGUGAUGCACCAGCUCCGCUGCAACGGGGUGCUGGAGGGCAUCCGCAUCUGCCGCAAAGGCUUCCCCAACCGCAUCCUCUACGGGGACUUCCGCCAGCGGUACCGCAUCCUGAACCCCGCAGCCAUCCCCGAGGGGCAGUUCAUCGACAGCCGCAAAGGCGCCGAGAAGCUCCUGGGGUCCCUCGACAUCGACCACAGCCAGUAUAAGUUCGGGCACACCAAGGUCUUCUUCAAGGCGGGGCUGCUGGGGUUGCUGGAGGAGAUGCGGGAUGAGCGCCUCUCCCGCAUCAUCACCCGCAUCCAGGCCCAGGCCCGGGGGCAGCUGAUGCGCAUCGAGUUCAAGAAGAUCCUGGAGCGCCGGGACGCGCUCUUGGUGAUCCAGUGGAACAUCCGGGCCUUCAUGGGGGUGAAGAACUGGCCUUGGAUGAAGCUCUACUUCAAGAUCAAGCCCUUGCUGAAGAGCGCCGAGACAGAGAAGGAGAUGCAGAACAUGAAGGAUGAGUAUGGGCGGCUGAAGGAGGCCCUGGAGAAGUCAGAGGUGCGGCGGAAGGAGCUGGAGGAGAAGAUGGUGUCGCUGCUUCAGGAGAAGAACGACCUUCAGCUCCAAGUGCAGGCGGAGCAGGACAACCUCACAGAUGCCGAGGAGCGCUGCGACCAGCUGAUCAAGAACAAGAUCCAGUUGGAGGCCAAGGUGAAGGAGCUGACAGAGCGGCUGGAGGAUGAGGAGGAGAUUAAUGCCGAGCUGACGGCCAAAAAGAGGAAGCUGGAGGACGAGUGCUCGGAACUGAAGAAGGACAUUGACGACCUGGAGCUGACUCUGGCCAAGGUGGAGAAGGAGAAACACGCCACCGAGAACAAGGUCAAGAAUCUGACAGAGGAGAUGGCCGGGCUGGACGAGACCAUCGCCAAGCUGACAAAGGAGAAGAAGGCCCUGCAGGAAGCUCACCAGCAAGCGCUGGAUGACCUGCAGGCAGAGGAAGACAAGGUCAACAGCUUGACCAAGGCCAAAGUCAAGCUGGAACAGCAGGCAGAUGACCUUGAAGGCUCCCUGGAGCAGGAGAAGAAGAUCCGGAUGGACCUCGAACGGGCCAAGCGGAAGCUGGAAGGCGACUUGAAGCUGACCCAGGAGAACAUCAUGGACCUGGAGAAUGACAAGCAGCAGCUGGAGGAGAAGCUGAAGAAGAAAGAUUUUGAGAUCCACCAGCAGAACAGCAAGAUGGAGGACGAGCAGGCACUGGCCCUGCAGCUCCAGAAGAAGCUGAAGGAGCUGCAGGCACGGAUUGAGGAGCUGGAGGAGGAGCUGGAGGCAGAGCGGACGGGCAGGGCCAAGGUGGAGAAGCUGCGCUCGGAGCUGUCGCGGGAGCUGGAGGAGAUCAGCGAGCGGCUGGAGGAGGCAGGCGGCGCCACCUCGGUGCAGCUGGAGCUCAACAAGAAGCGGGAGGCGGAGUUCCAGAAGAUGCGGCGGGACCUGGAGGAGGCCACGCUGCAGCAUGAAGCCACAGCUGCCGCGCUGCGCAAGAAGCACGCCGACAGCGUGGCCGAGCUCAGUGAGCAGAUCGACAACCUGCAGCGCGUCAAGCAGAAGCUGGAGAAGGAGAAGAGCGAGCUCAAGCUGGAGCUGGACGAUGUCAGCUCCAACGUGGAGCAGCUGAUCAAGGCCAAGGUGGCCAUGGAGAAGGUGUCCCGCGCCAUGGAGGACCAGGCGGCCGAGCACCGGGCCAAGCUGGAGGAGACCCAACGUGUCCUCAAUGACACCACCGCCAAGCGGGCCAAGCUCCAGACCGAGAACGGAGAGCUGUCCCGGCAGCUGGAGGAGAAGGAGGCCCUCAUCUCCCAGCUCACCAGGGGCAAGCAGUCCUACACCCAGCAGAUGGAGGACCUCAAGAGGCAGCUGGAAGAGGAGAUGAAGGCCAAGAACGCGCUGGCCCACGCCCUCCAGUCGGCCCGGCACGACUGCGACCUGCUGCGGGAGCAGUACGAGGAGGAGACGGAGGCCAAGGCAGAGCUCCAGCGCUCCCUCUCCAAGGCCAAUUCCGAGGUGGCCCAGUGGAGGACCAAGUACGAGACGGACGCCAUCCAGCGCACCGAGGAGCUGGAGGAAGCCAAGAAGAAGUUGGCCCAGAGGCUGCAGGAGGCGGAGGAGGCGGUAGAGGCUGUCAACGCCAAGUGCUCCUCCCUGGAGAAGACCAAGCACCGGCUGCAGAACGAGAUUGAGGACCUCAUGGCCGACCUGGAGCGGUCGAAUGCGGCGGCCGCUGCCCUGGACAAGAAGCAGCGGAACUUCGACAAGGUCCUGGCCGAGUGGAAGCAGAAGUUCGAGGAGUCACAGACAGAGCUGGAGGCGUCACAGAAGGAGGCCAGGUCCCUCAGCACCGAGCUCUUCAAGCUGAAGAACGCCUACGAGGAGUCACUGGAGCACCUGGAGACCUUAAAGAGGGAGAACAAGAACCUCCAAGAGGAGAUCUCGGACCUCACGGAGCAGCUGGGUGCCAGCCACAAGACCAUCCAUGAGCAGGAGAAGGUGCGGAAGCAGCUGGAUGCCGAGAAGCUGGAGCUCCAAGCUGCACUGGAGGAGGCCGAGGCCUCUCUGGAGCACGAGGAAGGGAAGAUUUUGAGGGCCCAGCUGGAGUUCAACCAGGUGAAGGUGGACUACGAGCGCAAGCUGGCUGAGAAGGCCGAGGAGAUGGAGCAGGCCAAGCGCAACCACCUGCGGGUGGUGGACUCACUCCAGGCCUCGCUGGAUGCCGAAACCCGCAGCCGCAAUGAGGCCCUGAGGCUGAAGAAGAAGAUGGAGGGCGACCUCAAUGAGAUGGAGAUCCAGCUAGGCCAUGCUAACCGCCUGGCAGCUGAGUCCCAGUCCCACCUGAAGGGAGCCCAGAGCCACCUCAAGGAUACCCAACUGCAGCUGGACGAUGCAGUGACGGCCAACGAGGACCUGAAGGAGAAUAUUGCUAUUGUGGAGAGGAGGAACAACCUGCUGCAGGCGGAGCUGGAGGAGUUGCGGGCAGUGGUGGAGCAGACGGAGAGGGCGCGCAAGUUGGCCGAGCAGGAGGUGAUCGAGGCCAGUGAGAGGGUGCAGCUCCUCCACUCCCAGAACACCAGCCUCAUCAACCAGAAGAAGAAGAUGGAAUGUGACAUCUCCCAGCUGCAGACGGAGGUGGAAGAGGCUGGAAUGGAGGACACGCCUCGGACCUCCUCCUGGGCUUUUCUCCCUGGGCAGGCAGCCAUGAUGGCAGAGGAGCUGAAGAAGGAGCAAGACACCAGUGCCCACCUGGAGCGGAUGAAGAAGAACAUGGAGCAGACCAUCAAGGACCUGCAGCUGCGGCUAGAUGAGGCCGAACAGUUGGCCCUCAAGGGGGGCAAGAAGCAGCUGCAGAAGCUGGAGGCCCGUGGGAGGGAGCUGGAGAAUGAGCUGGAGGCCGAGCAGAAGCGCCAUGCCGAGAGCGUCAAGGGCCUCCGCAAGGCCGAGCGGCGUGUCAAGGAGCUCAGCUACCAGGUGGAGGAGGACAAGAAGAACCUCCUGAGGCUGCAGGAGCUGGUGGACAAACUGCAGAUGAAAGUCAAAGCCUACAAGAGACAGGCAGAGGAGGCGGAGGAACAGGCAAACACCAACCUGGCCAAGUUCCGGAAGGUGCAGCACGAGCUGGAGGAGGCAGAGGAACGCGCCGACAUGGCCGAAUCUCAGGUCAACAAGCUGCGGGCCAAGAGCCGCGACGUCACAGCCAAGCGCCUGCUGCAGAGCUCGCAGGAGGUGCGGCACCGGCAACCGGUGCUGCUGCGGCAGCUGCAGGCAAAGGGAAU